AUGCCUGGUGUUCCACCCGACGCUCUUGAGCAGGUCAAGAAGGGCUUCAAGCGGUUCUUCUUCGGCCGCAAGAAGGCUGCGAAGAAGCAAGCUGAACAGAAGCCCGAACCUGCCCCUGCUGCGACUGCUGCCCCUGUCGCUGCCGCUGCGGCAAGUGAGACACCUGCCGCGAAACCCACCGACCCCGCUGUCACCCCGGACACUGCCCCCGAUGCUGCUAAGGCGCCCGAGACAAAUGAUGCGAAGCCUGCCGUCUCCCCUGAGAUGACCGCUACCGCCGGCCCUGUCGACACUCAUUACGAGCCUGAGGCUGCUGCCGCUGCUGCGCCUGCACCUGCUGCGCAGUCUGAGGCCCCUGUCGUUAAGGCCGAGGAAUCCGCUGUCAAGCCCGAGGAGCCUGCCGCUAAGACUGAGGCUCCUGCUACCGAGCAAGCUGCUGCUAAGCCCGAAGAGGCUGCUACUAAGACUGAGACCCCUGCUGCUAAGCCAGAGGAGCCUGUUGCUAAGCCAGAGGCCCCUGUUGCUAAGGCUGAGGAAUCCGCUGUCAAGCCCGAGGAGCCUGCCGCUAAGACUGAGGCUCCUGCUACCGAGCAAGCUGCUGCUAAGCCCGAAGAGGCUGCUACUAAGACUGAGGCCCCUGCUGCUAAGCCAGAGGAGCCUGCUGCUGCGCCUGCGGAACCUGCCGCCAAGACCGGUAAGUCAAUCGUUCUAAACCAGGCAGAGGAUAAUGCUGACGACGAUACUAGACGCGCCCGCUAA